AUGCAGCUAUCGGAAGAUAUGAAAUACAAGGCUGAGUACCGAAGUUAUUCUGUAUUAAUCGGCUGUGGGGGCAGCAACCGUGUACAAAAUCUUCAUUACGAGAUUCGUGCUACCGGUUAUAGCCCUGAGAUUUUUAAAUUAGAACCCAAGCAUUAUUACUUUUUGCGUGGUUCUUUCUUCCCGACCAAAACCAGUGACACCUAUGAUGACGAGUUCUUCUUCGAAGGUUCUGAUCGAGCCACACCUGUUGUUGAAGAAAGUAUGCAAUUCCUCAAAAAGAAUCCUACGGAUGAUGAUUUGGUUUCUUUAUACGCAAUUGUCCAGCACUGCGACUUCCACCCGGAAACCAAAGACCCGCGAUCCUCAACAGUUGAAUAUCGGAUCCCGCCAUUCAAACACCUUUCGGGUUCACCAAAGAUUGUGAAGAAUGGUCGUGAGUGUCAAUUUCACGGUUACGUGAAAGACUUUAAUGAAGAAACCAACUGUUACAUUGUAAUUGUCGCCCCAACUUCUGGCCAUGUUGAAGUCAAUUCACGUGGCCAUGCAUCGAAAGCGAGCAAUUCCACCGCUUCAAACACUCGUCCCCAAAUAGUAAAAUUCAAUCCACGCGGUGCCAAAGCGCCCUUCAGAUCUCCUUUGAUUGCGUCCUACACAAGUUCCAGCAUCCCGUUUCCUCCCUCUGACCGCACCGCAUCGUCCCUGUCAUCUGGAUCUGGAACAUCCAACCCGAAUCCAAUCGUAAGAGCUACUCCACCUGCCAAAAAGAGACAACGUGCACAACCUAAACGCAAGGUGGCACAAGUUGUGGAACAUGACUCAACUGAGGAAGUUUAA